AUGGAGACUCAAACAAACAAAGUGCUUUUUUUGAAGGGAUUUGUAAAGCUUUUGAAAGAACUGCAAGCCGAUGUACUCCUAAAGGCAUGUGACGGUGAUGAGAAGGCAGCUAUUUGUGCCCAUAUGAUUAUUCUGUCUGCAAGAUCAGAGGUGUUUAACAAAUUUUUUGAAUCAGACAAUUUAAGGCUUCGUCCAGGCUGGAAACAACCACUCUCUCAGAGCUGA